GCUCCGCCCUCGCCCGGCGCCCCGCAGCCACACCGAGCCUAGCGGACACGCGAGGUCCCGACACGGCCGGCGGUCGCUGUGCAGUGGAUGGGGUGGGGUCUGAUGCUCGCUUUUUGGAUAGCUGCGGGAGGGGACCCUGGACGCGGCGACCUGGGACACGGAGGGUGUGGGCCCCCGACCAGACCGAAUUGGGGGUACGAGCUCCUUCCGGCCCCCCAGGAGGGGUCAGGAGCCACCGCCAUGGCCGUGGGCAACAUUAACGAGUUGCCAGAGAACAUUCUCCUGGAGCUGUUCACCCAUGUGCCCGCCCGCCAGCUGCUGCUGCGCUGCCGCCCGGUCUGCAGCCUCUGGAGAGACCUCAUUGACCUGGUGACACUCUGGAAGCGUAAGUGCCUUCGAGAGGGCUUCAUCACAGAGGACUGGGACCAGCCCGUGGCGGACUGGAAGAUCUUCUACUUCCUGCGCAGUCUCCGAAGAAACCUCCUGCACAACCCGUGUGCGGAAGAGGGAUUUGAGUUCUGGAGCCUAGAUGUGAAUGGAGGCGAUGAGUGGAAGGUAGAAGAUCUCUCCAGAGACCAGCGGAAGGCAUUUCCCAAUGACCAGGUCAAGAAAUACUUCGUGACCUCCUAUUACACCUGCCUCAAGUCCCAGGUGGUGGACCUCAAGGCUGAAGGGUAUUGGGAGGACCUGAUGGACACCACCCGGCCGGACAUCGAGGUCAAGGACUGGUUCGCCGCCAGGCCAGACUGCGGGUCCAAGUACCAGCUGUGCGUCCAGCUCCUGUCAUCCGCACAUGCACCUCUGGGGACCUUCCAGCCAGACCCUGCAAUGAUCCAGCAGAAGAGCGAUGCCAAGUGGAGGGAGGUCUCCCACACAUUCUCCAACUACCCUCCCGGCGUCCGCUACAUCUGGUUUCAGCACGGCGGUGUGGAUACUCAUUACUGGGCCGGCUGGUAUGGACCGAGGGUCACCAACAGCAGCAUCACCAUCGGGCCCCCGCUGCCCUGAUGCCCCCUGAACCCCCAUCCUCUGAAUCCUGACUGGUAAAUGGCUGUCCAAAAAUGCUGGGCUUGGGAAGGGGAGGUGAAGCCAGGCAUCUCCAGACUGCCCCCAGCCACCUCCUCUGUGUGGAGCUCUUAGUGUCUGGGCCAUCUCCCCUCUGUGGAGGUCAGCCCUCCAAGGUCACGACACACAUGACUGCAGGUCAACCAGCUGCCCCUCUAAGGAGUUCAGUUAGGAGUUCCUUAGGAGUUCCUCUAAGCAGAUGCAGGGCUGGGGGUGUCUCCAGGUUUAUCAGAGAGGGAUCCCCAAGCUCAAAUGCUUGCCCAGAUGAGUCUAUCCCCCAUCCCCCAAGACCUCACUCCCUGUCCUCUUCAAGAGUCCUUAGAACAGGGACAAGCAAGAUACCUGGGGCUGCCUUCUACAGUGCAGAGCAGGGAGACAGAGCUGAGGUAGCAGGGGGCUCUGCUGGCUGGUCCUCUGCCUGGUUGUCAGAGGCUAUGCACCCCUCCCUCUGCCUGCUUGGAAGAAGGAGCUUUAUCCCAAAGGCUCAGGCUGGCCACAGAUAACAGGUGGGCCCAGGGUGGGCUGAGGAUCAGGCUGGGUGGAGACUGUCAUUAGGAAAGCCCAGGAAGCCAGGUGGGUACCAGGGGAAAGCAGGAUUCCCUGGAGGACCCAGGGCAUCCUGCUCAGGGCAGAAUGGAACUCAAUUCUGAGAGCUGGGGUCGGGGAGCAGGGUAGAAGGCCCAGGCCAGGCUUCCCACCCAACCGAUGAGGUUGCCACUCCCACAAUGUCUCCUCCACUCCACCUUCCCUUCUACAGCACACAGCCAAAUAAAAGUUUUCCCAGCCA